ACUUGUCAUCAGUCUGAUUUUGGUAGUGAAAGUGAGAACAUUCAUCAUGAAUACAUUUCGUUUCACAGUCUUCAUUUUCAUCAAUUUUGUAUGCUGUUUGGCUUGGCCAUUUAACCUUAGGUUAGGAGGGUCCUCAUAUGGACCCGGUCCCAAGGGAAACCCGUUACUCGUUGACACAUCCUCUCAUCAUACUCCCAACUAUUUCGGACGAUCAUCAGAAAACGUGGCCAAAGUCAAUAUCAAAAUUGGAUCGCAUGAUUUGCAAGAUCUGCCGGAAAUUCGACCAGCCACUAACGUGUUUGACCAAAGUGAACAAAGAUUCGAUAUGGAGGAUUGGAUCAGGAGAUCGAUUGGAGAGUACUUCUCUUUCAAUAAUCGAACUCCAGACUUGAAGGCCCCUCCAAUUCGAGGGCUCAUUCGCAGCCAUCGAAACCAUCAACCCAAGAGCCAACCCGAUGUCCAAAUCCACAUCAACAACCGAAAUCUCGAUGAAGAAAGCCACUCUAUUUGGGACAGGAUUUUUGAGACAAGGGAAAAUAGACCGCGGAAAAAUUGGAACGAUCCCAUCCAACAAGAGAUCGAUUUAUCGGAUUUGAAAGAGACGGGCCUUCCCAUCAUUCGCCCCGCGACUAAUACGCGAACUCAAUAAAUCGUUCUGAUUCUCAUGAGUAAUCAAAUCUGAAUUGUACUUGUAGCAUAAGGUGGAUUUUUUACCUCUUGGUAGUUAACAAAAGAUUCCUCAUU